AUGGCACUUGCUUUACAACUGCCCCUUCAACUAGAGGCCAAUACAAAUGACGAACUCACACAAUAUCUUAGAAGCAGUCCGACCAAACCAUGUAGUCCGCGUGUAUUCUGGGAGAAUGAACAUAACUUCCUAGUACUUGCCCAUCUUGCCUAG